AUGCUGAUAGCGCAGUCAAGCGAGCAAGAAGACAUGCGAUCAGUUCAGAUGAAGAUAAUAACUGGUUACCGAUUUCAAUGUGCGACAACAACCUGUUUACCUUUCGAAACUAUCGCUACGUCGAAUAUUCGGAAAUGUCAAAUGGCAUGUCUGAGUGAAGAACACUGUCGAGCUGGUAGUUUUCAUCAAGACACUUCUGCCUGUGAAUUAUUCAUCGAUAUAUUAGGCCAAACGAGUAACAUGUUAGCUGAGCCGAAUACUACUACCAUACUCAAUAUUCUCGGCACGCGAAAUCCACCCGAAAGAACAACAACUACUACAACAAGUACGACGACAACAACAACGGUAACCAGCACCACAAGUACAACAACAGCAACAACCACUACAACGCCGACAACUGCAGUAUCUUAUCCCCCUUGUUCUAGUUGUUGUAGUCUUGCUGUGAAUGCUUAUUGUAAUUCUGGUAGUACUACUUGUCAGUGCACUUGUUGUGAUAAUUCUAUUUGUAGCAACAGCGGUUAUGCUCCGAGCACGACUUAUUGUGGAAGUUUCGCCGCUAGCUAUCCAUAUUUUUGCACUAGUUGCCCUGGUAAUUCUCUUGUUUGUGGCAGUUGUUAA